AUGGGUACCAAGUUAAAGGGGGUGAUGAAGAAGUUUCAGGCAGUGAUUUCAAUUCUCACAGUGUGUUGUGUCAAGAGUGUAAAGGUUGACAUACAGGUUGUUGGGACCCUUUUUACACAUCAUCAGAAAUGUGUUCUGCUGGAUACACAGGCAUCUGGAAAUAACCGAAAUAUAACUACUUUUAUAGGAGGUCUUGAUCUUUGUGUUGGUCGCUAUGACACGCCUGAGCAUCGGCUGUUUCAUGAUCUUGACACAGUGUUUCGGGAUGAUUAUCAUAACCCAACAUUUCCUUCUCUUGAAGCUUCCCCCCCAACGGUUGCUGGUGUUUCUCUAAUCCCUCUUGGAAAUGGAGCUCCUGAUGUGUUUGCUAGCAUUGCCGCUUUUGUGGACACGGAUGCAGGUGAGGUGGGUCUCAAUAGUGUUCUUGGUGGAGCUGUUUUUGUUACUUUUGUUGUUGGGACUGUCUCGCUUUGUGUUGCAGAGAAGAGGGUUCAAAUUGAUAGGAGAUGCUUUAUUAGAGAUAUUUGUUUUUUCCUCCUCACCCUUGCGUCACUUUUACUAAUUUUGAUAAUUGGUAUAGUGAGUGUUGGUGGAGCAGCUGCCUUCGUCUCGGUCUAUAUUGUUUAUGCUUUUUCUGUUGCUGCAAGUGAGAUGUUGAGGAAACAUGCCCGUAGGUUAAAGCUGGAUACUGUGGCGCCAUUGCUUCCAGUCAGAGGGAGUAUCUUUUUCAUAGGAAGUGAGGAAGAUGAAUCUAUUUACAGCUCACCACUGGACAUAGAAUCUGAGAGUGAUCCACCACACCUUGUGGAUACAAUUCCAAUAGUUGAGGAGCAACGAUGGUCCAAAGUGUAURCAGUCUCCAAUGCCUCAUUGGCUCCCAUGCUUCUUGCAUUUCUGUGGAAUACUCAAGAUAAUGUGGAUUCUCAAAGCAGAAACGUUGCAUAUGUUGCAGGUGUUUUGGUGGGUGGUACACUUGGUGUUAUUGCCUUUCUCUUCACCCGAACUGAUCAGCCACCUUACAAGUUCUUAUUUCCAUGGGUUCUUAUUAAAUAA